UACAAUAUUAUUGUAAUUGAGUGGAUAUAUAUAAGUCGCUGGCUGCGAUGAAAUUAGAUUCAUCAGAGUAGUGUAAGAGUGUAAAGGAUCAGGAGGAGAGAUGGGUGGCAUUCCAUGGACUAAGGAAGAGGAUCAAUUGCUCAGGAAAUGCAUAGAGCAGCAUGGAGAAGGCAAAUGGCAUCGUCUUCCUCUCUUGGCUGGUCUAAACAGGUGCCGCAAGAGCUGUAGGCUGAGGUGGUUAAACUACCUCCGCCCAAACAUCAAAAGAGGAAACUUUGAAGAAGAGGAAGUUGAUCUCAUCAUCAAGCUCCACAGGCUCCUGGGAAACAGGUGGUCAUCGGUUGCAGCCAGACUUCCGGGAAGGACCGGUAACGAUGUGAAGAACUACUGGAAUUGUCACUUGAGCAAAAGGCUAAACGCUCAGCAAGAUCAUCAAAGUGAAUAUCAUAUUAAGAACAAGCAUGAUGCAGUUAGGAACAUUAAUAAUGGUGUAAAAGUCAUAAGAUCCCAAGCUUCAAACUCUGCAGGUACAAGCAGCUCAAAGAGGCCGUCAUAUGCACCAACUCCUCAUCAACCAGUUAAUGUAUUUGUACAAGAGGAAGGUAGCAGCACAGGGCCAAAGCCAAAGCUAUGCAAUUUUAAUGGAAAUGGUCAGAAUAAUAAUCAGAUAUUUGAGAAUAAUAAUAAUAAUAAUAAUAGUACUGGGAUUAAUGCGAGUGACUAUCCAAUGGAUGAUGACCUUCCACCAUUUGAUCAACAAGUUAAAGAAUAUCAUCAAGGUGGCGAUGAUGGAGAUCAGGUCAACAGAAAAUGGGAGUGGGACGACUCCAUCUUUGCCGACAUGGACCUCUGGACUGAUUAAUUUAGGAACUUAUUAUGAGAGAGAUUUGCUAAACUAUUAAUUAGGUGUUCGUCAUUAUUAGUAUGAUAUAAUUUUAAUUUAUGCAUCAACAUGUACUACCGAAUGUUAAUGAAUUAAGAGGUGAUGUGAAUAAUGACCCAUAUAGGUAAACAUUUGUCC